UUCUCCUGUUUGUUUCGUCAAACCUGUGUGUAUGCAUGUAUGUAUAUAAGUACGUAUGUAUGACUGUAUAUGCCUCUGUGUGUGUGUGUGUAUUUGAAUGUAUGCAUGUGAUAUAUGCGAACGUAUAUAUUUGUAUGUAUGUAUGUAUGUAUGUAUGUAAUAUAUAUAUACUUAUGUUUUUGCGUAUGAAGAGAUAGAGAGAUACAAAACAAAAAACAGAAAGAAAGGGGGAAGUGGGGAGAGAAACGGAUUGAGUGAGUGAGUACGAGUGCAUGAACAUGAGCCAAUGUGACUAAAUGAGUGAGUGAGGGUAGGGUGUGCGUGUGCGAGUGCGCGUGUGAGUGUAUGUACGUAUGUAUGUGUGUAUGUAUGCGUGUGCGGGUAAGAUACGAAAGAGUGAAUGAAGGGUGUCGGUGAGAGGUGAGUGUGACGUCACAGCUGCAAUAAUAUUAUGGUCUACAGUGGACUGUUUGAGUUUUUACGCCGUAGGUCGCUGUUACUACAACUGAUGUAGAAGAAAGGGGAAAAGAAAAACAAAAAAAAAGGAAAGACAGAGAGAGAAACAGAGCGAACGAACGAGAAAGAGUACGAGUGAGAGAGAGAGAGACAGAAAAAAAAAAAGAGAGACAAGAGUUGUAGUAGGGCUUCAGCUGGCAUUCAACUUGGUCUACUUGUUGUUGUUCUUGUUGUUAUUAUGGAGAUACAGAUAAUGGGAGAUCGGGUGUUUCAGGCCGACUACAUACAGAGGAAACGUAUACGCAGGGGUAAAGUGGAAUACCUUAUAAAAUGGAAAGGCUGGUCCAUCAGGCACAGUACCUGGGAACCAGAGGAAAAUAUUUUGGAUCCUUUAUUAAUUAAAUCUUUCGAAAAAAGACAAGCCAGAGGCGCUCGGAAAGUACAAAACCCUCAAAAACGAAAAAAGGAAUAUGAUAAAGAUUACGACGAACUUCGGAAGGAAUGUCUCAGCGACAAUGAAACUGAAGUGGAAGAUGAGGAAGAAGAGGAAGAUGACAAUGAUGAAGGCGAUCGAGAGGUCAGUGGAAGCCCCAUCUUAUACGAUGGACGAAACGACAAGCUGGUUGACGAGAAACCUUUUGUGAAACUUGGCAAAACUAGCGGAGAUUUGUGGACAUCUACUGUCGGUUGUAGGACCAACACAGAUAAUAAUGCACUUUCACGAAACAAACCACACAGCAAACAGGACGAAGGUGGCCUUGCCGACAGUGGUGUUGGUGAAGACGGUGGUGAUGAUAGUGGCGGUGGUAGUGGCGGUUAUGGUACUGGUGGAUUUGACGAUGCUGAGGAAUUUAGUGGCGCUAACAUACAUGAUACUACUACCAAUACUACCACUACUACUACUACUACUACUACUACUACUACGACUCCGAAUAGUAUCACCACUACUAUCACCAAUAGUAACAAGGCGAACAUUAGUAAAGGCGUCACUAACGACAGUAAUAACAGUAGCAACGGGCACCACCACAACCACCAUCACCACCAUCACCACCAUCAGCACACGACUAAGAACUCGGUGCACCAGAAUAAUAAAAAUACUAACUCUAAUAACCAUAUUAUGAGCUUUAACAACAAGAAUAAUCACAGUAAUAACGACAACGGUUACCACAAACUGUCCGGUGUGGGUGACGACAAGAAAGAGAAGGGGAGGCGACAGUCGUUAGGGUUAGGUUAUUCACCUGCUGUGGCGGAAGAUUUAGAGGAGGAGGAGGAGGAGGAGGACGUGGAUGCGGAGGCGGAGGGUGGUGGAGAAGGAAGGGGGAAGGAGAAGGAAGAACUGGACGGGAACGAUUCCGCUGCAACGGAAAUAGACGAAGGGGAGGCGGAGGACGAGGGUGAAGUGGAUGAGGCGGAGGGGGAAGGGGAAGCGGUGGAGGACGACGACGACGACGCUGACGGUGUUGAUGACGAUAAUGAUGGUGAUGAUGAUGCUGAUGAUGGUGAGGUCUACAAAGGGGAGAAAAAGAGCUCAAAAGUGGAAAGGCCAGCGACCGAUAAGACGCAUUGCUAUACUUCUAAGAGAACCACGUCCAGCGACUAUAAGGCGCGCCUAACGUCGCAGCGCAUGCGUACUUCGAACGGACAUGGUGACAGCAGUAACAGUAGAAGUUGUAGGCGAAACCGUAAGCGGUCCAUCAGGGAGCAUCGCCAACAACGCAGUAACGGGCGAUAUAGGUAUUAUAGUAGUGAUGAUGAUGACGAUGAUGACGAUGAUGAUGAUGAUGACGAUGAUGAUGAUGAUGAAGUCGUUGCGAAAAGCUCUUUCGAAGGUGUAAACCGUAUUAGUAGUAAUACUAUUAGUAGUAAUACUAUUACCAAUAACAAUCGCAGUAGUAGUAGUAGUAUUUGUAGUAAUAAUAGUAGUAGUUAUAAUAGUAAACAUAGUAGUAAUAUCAGCAGUAGUAUUAAUAGUAAUAAUAAUAAUAGUACUAAUAAUAGUAGUAGUAGUAAUAAUAGUAGUUCACAUAGAAAUAAUAGUGACAGUUCGAAAACACAUCACCAUCACCACCACCACCACCACCACCACAAUAACAGUCACAAUCACAACAGCCAACAACAUCAUCAUCAUCAUCACAACAAUCAUCAGAAUCACAAACGCACAACAUAUAACAGUACAUGUAGCAAUUAUAUCGAUGAUAACAUCAACACCACCAACAACACUACUACCAGCAUCACCAACAGCAGCAGCAGCAGUAACAACCAGCAGCAACUGCAGCAGCAACACCCUUAUAAUAAUCACAGUAAUAGUGGUAACAACAGUAAAGAAAGCAUAGACAAUGUUUUGAAAACUAAUAAUGGUAAGCAACAGCACUUAGAAACUUCUGACCGUUAUUCGAAUAAAUCCAGUUGGAAUCGAUCGCCGUCUCCGUCAACGGUUAUCAAGAAAGCUAAGUACUGUAGCAGACGACAGGAAUACUGCAGCAGACGACAAGUGUGGUAUCCACCGACAGGCGGUAUCCCACUCGAAGUUCUUGUCACUGAUGUUACGUAUAAAUGUUUGACAGUAACAUUCGUUGAAUGUGAAACAGAAAAAGGUUUCUUUAAGAAUUCAGAAUGAUUCUAGUUUUGAAACUUAAAAAAAAAAAAAAAAAAACCUAAAAAAAAACUAAAAAAAAAAUCUAAAAAAAAAACUUUAAAAAAAUUAAAAAGCACGAAAAAAAUACUGAUGAAGUAAAAUAAAAAGAAAGAAAACAUACAGACACACACAGAGCAUACAUAUAUCGUAAGACGGGUGGCACUUUUGAUUACGUUCAUUUUCUUUUUCUCUUUCUUUAAAAUUGUGUAGCACAUGGUUCUGUAAUACAUAGAACACAUGUUUAAUUACCUAAGAAAGAAAACUUAUUAAAGUUGGGAUCAGCUAUUAACCCUAUGUAAAUAUUAUGCAGACGGGGAUAUAGUAGCUCUGUAUUAUUACAAAAUUUUAAAUAGAUUUGCUGACAUUGAAUAUUUGCAGCCAAAUAAGCAAAAAAAUGUAAAAUGAAAUGAAGAAUUUUUAUUUUAUUUUGUUUUUAUUUCAUGAAAAUAAUCAAUCCUGCCUCCCAUGCAAAGAUAUGCACAUAUAUUAAACAUAUAAGCUCAUACACGUACAAAUACGUAGAUAUAAUACAUAUAGAAAUUCAUGCACCUAUAAACGUUCAUAUGUACACAUGUACAUACUUACAUAUACACAUAUAUAUACACAUAAAUAACAUACGUACACAUUCUUACACGACAACAACAAUAAAAAAACAGCAGCAACAACAUCAAAUGCAUAAAAACAAAUAUAUAUAUAUAUAUAAUUCUACAUUGAAAAAUAAAAUUCAAAAAAGUCUAAUAUUUUUGACAUAAAAAUAACAAGACAUUUCAACCGCUAAAAUCUGCAAUUCUUGUUAUUGUUGUUGUUGUUGACUCUGUUUAAGGGACACAGAUGAUGGGAGCGUACAGCUUGCUAUGGAUUCGCUACCGAUUCUUUAAAGAAUUAUUAUUAUUA